AUGGCUCCCAAGGCUGCGGCCAAGCGCUCGCAGAGGGGCUCCUCCAAUGUCUUCUCAAUGUUCGAGCAGUCGCAAAUUCAGGAGUUCAAGGAGGCUUUCAGCUGCAUUGAUCAGGAUCGAGAUGGCAUCAUUAAACUACAGGAUCUCAAGGAAACCUAUGCACAGCUGGGGAAGUUGAACGUGAAGGAUGAAGAGCUGGAGGAAAUGCUGGCAGAGGGGAAAGGACCCAUCAACUUCACAGUCUUCCUCACUCUCUUUGGCGAGAAGCUCAAUGGCACUGAUCCAGAAGAGACUAUCCUUGCUGCCUUCAAAUUAUUUGACCCAAAUGCCACUGGCUUUGUCAACAAGGAUGAGUUUAAAAGGCUGCUGAUGACUCAAGCUGACAAAUUCACAGCGGAAGAGGUGGACCAAGCCUUCUCUGUGGCCCCAAUUGACGUCACCGGCAACAUUGACUACAAGUCCCUGUGUUAUAUCAUCACUCACGGAGAUGAGAAGGAGGAAUCAUGA